GACUUUUCUGUCCAGAAUUUCGGAUUUAUAUUUUGAGUAAUUCUAGCUCCUAAGUUCACCUAGACUCCGUCCUUAAUUCUAACAAGUGGUAUCAGAGCUGUAUUAAGGACGUUGAGAGGAGUCUACAGAAGUGUGAAGACCCUUCUAGACCCACCAUGGCCUGUGGGUGUGCCUAAGUGGUGUUCUAAAGGUUGGAUGUGUCUUCCGCUAAGGGAAACUCUGCCGAAAUUUCGUGGACGCCGACACUUGUGAAAAUAUCGAGGGAGCUGAGUGUGCACAAGGUGAAGGUGCACAAGGUAACGCCUAUCCUGGGAUGUAUCUCAUGGUUGAGGAUGUGCAUGGGCAUGAGGGUGAUGUGGGAUCUGUCGGAAAGGUUGUGAUGCACCCUCUCAUGCACUGGGUGAUUGAUUCGGGUUGCACCAGUCACAUGACUCCACGGGCAGAUUUGCUUGAUGAGGUAAAACCCCCUGGGAAGAUCAAGUAUGUGGCAGCAGCGUCAGGUGCUUUGCUCCCUGUCAUUGGUGUUGGGAAUGCCAAGGUUAAGGGAGCAAAUGGGGAGCUUGUGGGGCUUGGGAAUGUUCUGCUGGUUGAAGGCUUGUCUGCUAACCUUCUCUCUGUGCGACGACUGCAGAAGAGCAAGGCCGAAGUGACAUUUGGACCAACCAGCUGCCGUGCUAAGCUUGGGAAGAAGGUGCUGUGGAGUUUGGAAGAGGAGACCAGCUGCAUCAAGGACCUGUGGCAGCUGCCCAUCAUCCCAUGGAAUGGGAAGACUCCAACAGCAGCAACGGCAGCAGCGGCAAAGGCAACAGCAGGAGGAGAUGCAACUGCACCAACUGAUGGGGUCCUGGAAGCAGUCAAGAAAGUGCAGCAGCAGCAGACACAUGAUGAGUUGCAGCAGCCUUCAAGACAGGUGGAGGUUGCAGUGUCAGAGGAGGAGAUGUCUGGGGUGACUGAGGAAGGGGGAGCAGCUGAGGUGGAGCAGCAGCAGCAGCAUGAAUCUCCACCUCGAGUUCCACACCCGCCUGAGCGUCCUAGGAGGGAUGUGCGCCCUCCUGUGAGGCUGACCUAUGGGGGAAGAGGCAAGCCGAAUGUGGUGCAGGCUGGGAGUGUGGUUGAGCAGAUUGAGGAAGAUGAGAUCGCUCACUGCUACUGGGCACCAAUCCCUGAGCCCAAGACUCGAGAGGAGGCCUUGAAUGGACCAAAUGGGGAGAACCUGUUCCUGCUGCAGGAGAAGGAUGAAAUCCUCAUGCUCUUGGUGUACGUGGAUGAUAUCCUUCUCUUUUCUGCAUCAACUGCUUUGCUGGACAGUGCAGAGCAGAUGCUGGAGAUGCAGUUCAAGUGUUCCAAGAUGGGUGAGGUGAAGUACUACUUGGGGAUGCCUGUGGAGAGAGAUGUGGAGAAGGGUGUGCUGAGGUUGCACCAGAGGAAGUACUGUGAGGGGCUGGCUGAGAAGUAUGGGCUGCAAGAUGGGGGAAAGCCAGCAACACCACUACCUUCAGGGUUUACUGUGGAGCCAUAUUCUUGAACUUUGAUUGAACUCUUGAGAUUGAGUU